CCUCUGCCGAGUCUCGCGGAGAGCAUCAGACUGCACCUUUUCCUCCUCAAGAGAGAGAGAGAGCGCGCGAGGGGGAGAGAGACAUUAAGAUAGAUAGAAAGAGAGGGAGGGAGGGAGAAAGAGAGCGAGAGAGAGGCGGAAAGCAGUAGCACCUUGUCGCCUCGAGCCUCUGAUAGUUCCGUUCCCGGUCCGGUACACCGGCUCGUUCUGCCACCAGGCGCGCGCGGCUGCUCUUCUCCCCCCGGUUUGCCGUCUCGCGGAUCCCCAGCUUUUCUCCUCAGAUGGGAAAACGAAUCGAUGAGUCGCGCACGGCACUGUUGCCACGGAACCACAGGAUGCGCGUGAGGUCGCUGGAGAGAGUGAUGACGCGGCAGUGAGAGACACACAUACCUCACUCGCACACACACACACACACUCACAUAUUUGCCCACACACACUUUAAGUCUUGCCCUACUAAGACAAGGAGGAGGGGGAGAAAAUACUGCUAUGACGGUGUCAUUUCUCUCCAUUACCAGUGUGUGAGCCACACACACACACAUAUUCCUACUCCGUGGGGAGUUGCCUGCAUGGGGGAUAAGGCCCUAUCUAGGGCACAAAGAUGGAGUUCACAUCCUAUUCGUCACAUAUCUAACACUCACACACAUACAAAUACACACACCUGGGAUCUCACAUGUCAGAAGUGAAGAAUGAGAGACUGAAUGGAGAGAAGACAUUGAGCAUCUCACAGAAGACACAAACACCAGGCCGAGGCAGAAGAAGAUGUCCCAGAUGUGCUGAGAGGACGGAGGGAGCUGCUCUUUGACCCCCUCCCCCUGUGGACCUGUAUAGAAAGAGAGCUACCAAGAAGAAGGGCGCACCUGAGACACCAAGAAAGUGUUCUGCAAAAGUGCCCUACAGUUGUCACCAUGAGCUGUAGGCUAGAGGGAACACCCCAGCUCUAGCCUCUAUCUCCUCCCGUGUGUGUGUGUGAGUGUGAGAGCGAGUGUGUGUAUGAGUGUAAUGGCGGUUUGUGUUUGGGCAGCAGCCCCUCUGCUCUUCCUGGGGCUGUGCCUGUGUAGCGUAGGGGGCCAGGCCCAAGGGGAGGUCCUGGAGUUUGGAGGUGUAUCUAGCCAGUGGGGGCGGUUUCCAGUGUGGAACGCCUGCUGUGAGAGUGUGCUGAGCUUCAGCCUGCGGACUCACAGCCAGGAGGGCCUGUUGCUCUACCUGGAUGAUGAGGGCUUUUGCGACUUCCUGGAGCUGCUGCUUCUCCAUGGCCACCUCCGCCUGCGCUUCUCCAUCUUCUGUGCUGAGCCGGCUGAGCUGCAGUCAGGCGUAGCGGUGAGUGACGGGCGAUGGCACGCAGUGCGUGUCAAGCGGGACUGGAGGAACACUUCGUUGGAGGUGGACGGGCGAUUGGAGGGAUGGGCGGAAGUGAAGAGUAAGAGAAGAGACAUGACAGUAUUCAGUCACACCUUCAUGGGUGGGGUGACGCCAGAUCUCCACUCCUCACCCCUGCGCCUCACCUCUCCUUCGGUGCGAGAACAUCCCGCUUUCCGUGGCUGGAUCACGGCGGUGAGCAUCAACGGCUCACUGGUGACGCUGGACGGAUCAGAGGGCGUCACAGUAACAGCUGGCUGUGGGCCAGACCACCAGUGCCAGAACGGAGGGGUGUGCAGUGUGGUCAACGACCAGGCCGUCUGCGACUGCUCCGACACCGGCUACCAAGGCAAUGACUGCAGCGAAGAGCACAGCUACACUCCAGGUCUGGCACACCUGAUGAUUGGCGACCAAGCUCGCGAGGAGUAUGUUGCCACCUUCAAGGGCUCCGAGUACUUCUGCUACGACUUGUCGCCAAACCCCAUUCAGUCUAGCAGUGACGAAAUCACGCUCUCCUUCAAGACUCUGCAGCGCAACGGCCUGAUGCUGCACACCGGCAAGUCAGCCGACUACGUCAACCUGGCACUCAAGAACGGUGCCGUGUCACUUGUCAUCAACCUUGGCUCCGGGGCCUUCGAGGCCUUGGUGGAGCCUGUCAACGGCAAGUUCAACGACAACGCCUGGCACGACGUCAAGGUCACCCGCAACCUGAGACAGCACUCAGGCAUUGGACACGCUAUGGUGACCAUCUCUGUGGACGGCAUCCUGACCACCACGGGCUACACACAGGAGGAUUACACCAUGCUGGGCUCGGAUGACUUCUUCUACGUGGGCGGGAGCCCCAGCACAGCUGACCUGCCUGGUUCUCCAGUCAGCAAUAACUUCAUGGGCUGUCUCAAGGAGGUGGUGUACAAGAACAAUGAUGUACGGUUGGAGCUGUCUAGACUGGCUAAACAGGGAGACCCGAAGAUGAAGGUAAGUGGGGUGGUGUCCUUUAAGUGCGAGAGUGUAGCAACGCUGGACCCCGUCACCUUCGAUACGCCGGAGUCUUUUGUGGCACUGAGCAAGUGGACGGCGAAGAAGGCAGGGUCCAUCUCAUUUGACUUCAGGACUACAGAGCCAAAUGGGUUGAUGCUUUUCAGUCAUGGCAAACCCAGACAGCAGCAACGCAAGGACCCACGAACACCUCCUACUGUCAAGGUGGAUUUUUUCGCCAUUGAGAUGCUGGAUGGGCACCUUUACCUGCUGCUGGACAUGGGCUCAGGAACCACCAAGACCAAAGCAAUCGACAGAAAGGUCAACGACGGAGAAUGGUAUCAUGUCGACUUCCAGAGAGACGGGCGCUCAGGAACCAUCUCGGUGAACAGUGUAAGAACGGCGUACACGGCGCCAGGAGACAGCGAGAUCCUGGACCUGGAUGACACCUUGUACCUGGGAGGACUUCCUGAAGAUCGCGCUGGACUCAUCUUCCCUACAGAGGUGUGGACGGCUCUGCUGAACUACGGCUACGUAGGCUGCAUCAGAGACUUGUUUGUGGACGGGCAAAGCAAAGACAUCCGGCGGCUGGCUGAAGCCCAGAGGGCGGUGGGAGUGAAGCCCUCAUGCUCCAGAGAGCCUCCCAAACAGUGCCUGUCCAACCCCUGCCAGCACAACGGGAUCUGCAGGGAGGGAUGGAACCGCUACGUAUGCGACUGCUCUGGGACGGGCUACCUGGGACGCUCCUGCGAGAGAGAUGCGACUAUCCUGUCGUAUGACGGCAGUAAGUUUAUGAAAGUGCAGUUGCCUGUGGCGAUGCACACCGAGGCGGAGGACGUCUCGCUACGCUUUCGCUCCCAGCGGGCCUAUGGCGUUCUCAUGGCAACCACAUCCCGCAACUCCGCAGACACCCUUCGUCUAGAGCUGGAUGGGGGCCGUGUCCGACUCACUGUCAACCUAGACUGUAUCAGGAUAAACUGUACAGCCAGUAAAGGCCCAGAGACUAUCUUUGCUGGGUCGGGCCUCAAUGAUAAUGAGUGGCACACGGUGAGGGUAGUCCGGCGUGGCAAGGGCCUCAAACUCACCGUGGACGACCUGCAGCCCGUUGAAGGUCAGAUGGCGGGCGACCACACCCAGCUGGAGUUCCACAAUGUGGAGACGGGCAUCGUGACGGAGAAGCGCUUCAUGCCCGCCGUGCCGUCCAAUUUCAUCGGCCACCUUCAGGGCCUGACGCUGAACGGCAUGCCCUACAUCGACCUGUGCAAGAACGGCGACAUCGACUACUGCGAGCUCAAUGCCGUUAUCGGUUACAAGAGCAUCGUGGCCGACCCCGUCACCUUCCGCUCCCGCUCCAGCUUCGUCACGCUGCCCACGCUGCAGGCCUACUACUCCAUGCAUCUCUUCAUGCAGUUCAAGACAACGUCCCCAGAUGGUCUCAUUCUCUUCAACAGAGGAGACGGCAAUGACUUCAUAGUGGUAGAGCUGGUUAAAGGCUACCUUCAUUACAUCUCUGACCUGGGCAACGGAGCUCACCUGAUCAAGGGCAACUCCAACAGUCCUCUCAAUGACAACCACUGGCACAACGUGCACAUAUCACGAGACACUAACAAUCUCCACACGGUCAAGAUUGACACCAAAGUCACCACGCAGACCACCAUGGGCGCCAAGAACCUCGACCUAAAGGGUGAUCUGUACAUUGGGGGCGUUUCCAAAGAGAUGUACCGAGACCUGCCUAAGCUGGUCCACUCCCGUGAGGGAUUUCAGGGUUGCCUAGCAACAGUUGAUCUAAAUGGCCGGCUCCCGGACCUUUUGGCUGAUGCCUUGGCAACCAUGGGACAAGUGGAGCGAGGUUGCGAAGUUACAUUGAUGAAAGCUGACUUGCAAGGUCCCAGCACUACAUGCCAGGAAGAUUCCUGCUCAAAUCAGGGAGUUUGUUUGCAGCAGUGGGAGGGUUUCACCUGUGACUGCAGCAUGACUUCAUAUGCUGGACCACUGUGUAAUGACGCUGGGACCACGUAUAUCUUUGGCCGGGAUGGAGGCGUGGUGGUUUACACGUGGCCCCCUAAUGAGCGUCCCAGCACCAGAGCGGACAGGCUCGCCCUCGGGUUCAGCACCCAACAGAAGCAUGCGAUUCUGCUCCGGGUGGACAGUGCAUCUGGACUGGGAGACUAUCUUCAGCUGCAGAUAGACAAGGGCAACAUUAGAGUAGUAUUUAAUGUUGGCACUGAUGAUAUCAACAUCGAGGAGAGCUCCAAGUUUGUCAACGAUGGGAAGUACCACAUAAUUCGGUUCACCCGCAGUGGUGGCAAUGCAACCCUCCAACUGGACGACCUGCCGGUCAUAGAGCGUUACCCCUCAGGCAACAUUGAUAACGAGCGCCUGGCCAUCGCCAGACAGCGAAUCCCCUAUCGGCUCGGUCGAGUAGUUGACGAUUGGCUACUCGACAAAGGUCGCCAGCUGACCAUCUUCAACAGCCAGACGACGGUGCGGGUUGGUGGAGGCGAGCGAGGCGCAGCCAUGUUCCAGGGGCAGCUGUCUGGCCUUUACUACAACGGCCUCCGCAUCCUCAACAUGGCCGCCGAGGGCCACCCGCACAUCAGGGUGGAGGGCAGCGCGCGGCUGGUGGGCGACAUGCCGUCCUCCUCCAUCACCCCGCAGUCCAGCGCUGCGGCCGGAGGCAACCGCUCCGACUCUGCCCCCUCCAUCAGCGACAUCACGACCACCACGGCCACCAACAGGAAGCAGGGCGCGACUCAGCAGUCGGCCGACGACCUGCUGGUGGCCUCGGCUGAGUGUCCAAGCGACGAUGAAGACAUUGACCCAUGUGACCCCAGUUCAGCUCGCCCUCCGCUGCCAGAUAUUAAGGUGAUCUCGGGUCCAUCAGAGGUGGUGCGGGAGAGCAGCAGCACAACGGGCAUGGUGGUGGGCAUCGUGGCAGCCGCCGCCCUCUGCAUCCUCAUCCUCCUCUAUGCCAUGUACAAGUAUCGCAACCGCGACGAAGGCUCCUACCACGUGGACGAGAGCCGCAACUACAUCAGCAACUCAGCCACACAGCCCAACGGCAGCGCAAAGGACAAGCCGCUGGGCAUUGCCAAGAUCUCCAAGAACAAGAAGAACAAAGACAAGGAGUACUAUGUCUGAGGUGGAAGACUUCCAGCACACAGACAUAUACGCAUACACCUUUAUAUAUAACGGUAUAUGUACAUAAAUAGAUAUAUUCUCCAAAAAAAAAGAAAUACACACAUACACAGUGACAUAGACAUGCUGAUGUUAAUGUUUACUCUCCAAUAAUCACACCUGCACACACGCUAACAAGCACAAACAUAGAUACAAACAAGCACACACACAUUUAAGCACAAACAUACAUCCACACACACACACACAGACUGGCCUGAGGGCAUGGGCCCUUACUGUACAGUAUUUACCAAUGAGCAGAGCCUCAGAGAGAGGCUUGUUUUAUGAACAUAAACACCAUUCCAAAUGAUUUCGAAAAGUACCAGUUCAAUUCCCAGUUAAGAACCAUUUUGGGGCCAGCCAGAUAAAAAGACCAGUUACUCCCCUGCCAAAGUAGGACCUCUCCAGUUGGACUCAGAGAGGUCAAGGAAGACUUUAUAUGAAGAACAUGGCAGACUGAGUGUGUUGAGCGAGAGGCAGAGCACCAGAACAAACGCGAUGUAAAAGCACCAAGUCAAGCACUAAGUGUCUCUUCCAAGCUUCUUGGCCUUCCUCCCUGUUAGCAGACGGGACUCGAUGAAGCACUGAGGAUGCUGAGGAAACAAGCACACCAACGGUCCAAGUUUAUCCCUAAGCAACAGGACAGGAAUUCAGGGUGUAGCCAUAGAGACAGUGAAAUACGAGUGAAUAGGCAGAGGCAGGGCUGGUGCCCGUUAACAUAAUGGAUGUGCUGUGGUUGUUAUGCUGCAGAGCUGAUAUUUUAUGGCGCCCUGUAAAUCACAAAGGUGGAAUCAGUGGAAAACUGAGUGAUAUUUUCCUGGACAGCAUACUUGAGACUUCAGAUGCUACCUACAGACACCAGUCGUGCAUGACUGCGGUGUCACACAUGCACACAUACAGCACACAUGCACACACACUAAAAUAUAAACAAUCUACACAUGCAGACAUACACUUACCUGCAAUGCUAAAGACCUACCAUAUCUUCAUAAAUGACACUGAAGACCAUACAAGAAGACAAUGGUGAAAAAUGACAAAGACCAUUAUGAUAAUUGUUAUGGCAAUGAUAAUGAUGAAUAUGAAGAACAUUUGGGCAGUAUAGACUCUGGGGAAGGGAGGGGGGAUCUUAUUGCACGUGAAUUAUCUUACUCCGUGUGAUUUAUACUGCGUUGAAACUCCAGAGAUCACACCGUGACGCACCACCAUCAUAAACGUACCACCUUGGCUUGAAGUAUUCCUAAAUACGCUCUUCAAACGGUUUUUCAGUAUGUGAGAUUCGAGGCCGAUUUCAAUCCCCGAAUCGACUCUCAGUUCAAAUCUUCAUUGACAAAGUGUGACCAUCUCGAGUGUGCUGCAUGCCUGAGUCUCUGAGCUGUGCUGUGGAGUGGUGGCCUGUGUCCCACUAAGUCCAGAGGUGGUAGGUUUGUCUGUGGGGGGACGAAGGAGGAGGAGGAGGAGGAGGAGGAUGAAGGCGAACUCCAGAACAACGCCUGGAUGUGUGCGACCACCACACACGACUGUUUUCUAGCCUGAUGUCUUAUAGGCCACGCCCACUAUACCCGCUCUAACCAACCACCUUUUAUAGCAAAAACCAGCCGAGGAAAAGAAUCAAAAACAGAUCAAAGUAAAUGUUACCAUGUGUUGCUAAUAGAUAGAAAAGUCAAGUUCUUGAUGCCAUUGGCUAUAUGACGACUUGAGUUGCUUUGAUUUCAUUGGCUCUCCCUUUUCUCUCUCUCUCUCACUCUCUCUCUCUCUCUCUCUCUCUCUCUCUCUCUGCAUCCUCAUGUAUUCAUGCUCUUGGGUUGACUUCUAAAUCCUCAUGACAUGACCAAUAACAGCACAGACAGAUGGGUUUCCUACGGGCUCUGGUAUAAUUAUCUGUUUAUUGACUUUUGCAGUUUCUGAGCCCUCCACAGCUCAAGAAUCGUAGCCCCAUGAGAUAUCAGUACAAACAGUGCCAUGACAUGAACAAGCCCCUCGAGUUCUUCCAAGCAGUGUAACUAACCAGCCGGAUGCAUGCAAAACAGACCAGGGGGAGGACGGACACCAAGCAGACUGUGUGUGAGAUUUCAAAGUAUAAUGUCAAAAUUAACAUUUUCCCUUAUUCUCUCCAUCAUUAACUGGCCUUUCUGACCGACCUCCUUACCCUCCUUUUUCUUGUUUCCCCCUUGUUCAGUACGUUUCCCCGUCUGCCCUCCCAGUUCCUCCAUGUCUAUCGCUUUCUUUUCGCUCUCUCUCUGUUGUGUUGCCAUCAGAAACAAAAAGGAGGUGUCUCAACCAAUGGGAUUCUACAUCUAGGUGUUCAUUAACCAUGUUUAUUUUCUAUAUGUACAAUUUUUCUACAGUAUUUACUUUUAUUUUUAUUGUUACGGUUCUUUGAUGAACAUAAAGUGGAAAUUUAUUAUGAAAAAUAGUUUUGAAGAUUAAUGAGUAAAUAAAAUAUUACCCAAGUGAA